UGCUGCUUAUUUCAUGCCCUGCAGCCCAGCCACGGGGAAGGGGCGGGAGGAGGGGUGACAGCUGUCUCCAGCGCCUCCUGCCUUCCCCUCCAGUCCGUGGCCUGCAGCCUGGAGCAGCCUGGGAGGAAGGGUCGGGGGGCCUGCCUAAUGAGAGCUGCCUUCCUCGCCGUGCGAAGCCCAGUGCUGUGUGAUGGGAGGCUGCUUGCUCAGCCUCUCUGGGCCCCAGCUCCAUUUUGACCUGCACCGGAGGCCGUGCAGAAGGUGUCCUGAAGACGAUGAACUGAGCCCUGGCUCCAGGCCGUUCAUGAGCACAGUGUAAGGUGUGCCGAGAGCCGCCACCCAGCGACCCCUCCCCUCCCUAGCACUGAGGACCCCCGGAGAAGAUGGGGAGGAAGAAGAUUCAGAUCCAGCGAAUCACUGAUGAGCGGAACCGACAGGUGACGUUCACCAAGCGCAAGUUCGGGCUGAUGAAGAAGGCGUACGAGCUGAGCGUGCUGUGCGACUGCGAGAUCGCGCUCAUCAUCUUCAACCACUCCAACAAGCUGUUCCAGUACGCCAGCACCGACAUGGACAAGGUGCUGCUCAAGUACACCGAGUACAACGAGCCGCACGAGAGCCGCACCAACGCCGACAUCAUCGAGACCCUGAGGAAGAAGGGCUUCAACGGCUGUGACAGCCCGGAGCCCGACGGGGAGGACUCGCUGGAGCAGAGCCCCCUGCUGGAGGACAAGUACCGGCGCGCCAGCGAGGAGCUGGACGGGCUCUUCCGGCGCUACGGGUCAGCUGUGCCGGCCCCCAACUUUGCCAUGCCCGUCACGGUGCCCGUGUCCAACCAGAGCUCGCUGCAGUUCAGCAACCCCAGCGGCUCCCUGGUCACCCCGUCCCUGGUGACAUCAUCCCUCACAGACCCCCGGCUCCUGUCCCCCCAGCAGCCAGCGCUGCAGAGAAACAGCGUGUCUCCGGGCCUGCCCCAGCGGCCGGCCAGUGCAGGAGCCAUGCUGGGGGGAGACCUCACCAGCGCUAACGGAGCCUGCCCCAGCCCCGUCGGGAACGGCUACGUCAGUGCGCGGGCGUCCCCCGGCCUCCUCCCUGCGGCCAACGGCAACAGUCUGAACAAGGGUGUCCCAGCCAAGUCCCCACCCCCGCCCACCCACAGCGCCCAGCUUGGAGCCCCCAGCCGCAAGCCCGACCUGAGGGUCAUCACUUCCCAGGGAGGAAAGGGCUUGAUGCAUCACCUGACUGAGGAUCAUUUAGAUCUGAACAACGCCCAGCGCCUGGGGGCCUCCCCGGCGAGCCACGCGCUCACCACCCCCGUGGUCUCCGUGGCAACACCGAGCUUGCUCAGCCAGGGCCUCCCCUUCUCCUCCAUGCCCACUGCCUACAACACAGAUUACCAGCUGACCAGCGCAGAGCUCUCUUCCCUCCCAGCCUUCAGCUCGCCAGGGGGGCUGUCGCUAGGCGGCGUCUCCGCCUGGCCACAGCCGCAGCAGCCGCAGCCGCAGCCGCCGCAGCCGCAGCCGCCGCAGCAGCCCCCGUGGCCCUGGGGACGCAGACCUGGGACGGACGAAGAACCCGGGGCCCAGAGCAUCCACCACGACAUGGACUCCAGGCACCUGUGGACGCCCCCACCUUCGUCUUCGCGCCCAGCGUGGGCCUGUGUGGACACCCGGCAGGUUCGGGGGCAGGAUGGGGGUCCCCCUACCCCUGCCUCUGGCCGAGGGCAGCAGCGCUGGGGACCCGUGGGGACACCUCAGGACCGCAGGGGCCUUUAA